AUGGGGCUAACGUCGAACCCGUCAUCAGCCUUUACAGGCGUCGUCAUCGGCCUCGUGUCAUCCUUCGGAUCCAUCGUCCUCAUCGCUUUGGUCAUCUUUAUCUUCUGGGUUUCCGGCUGCGCGAGCACUGGUCGCAUUAUUCUCGAUCGGCUUGGUCGACCAGGUGAAUACGAUGAUGAACAGGCAUUCGCGCGUGAUGAGGCCGAGGCCCUCGAGGUCAUGGACGACAUGACCCGUCAGGAAUACCUACGUGCAAAGGCCUGGGUCACCGCAAACCCUCCCGAGUCGAUGCAGACUGAUAUCUCUCUGUCGCAAUAUCUCGCUAUCCAGGAAAAGGGUGUCUCCGCAUGGGAGUUUGAACCUGAACUCGAGAUCGCCAACUGCUUUGUCGAAGCUCGCACUGAGAUCGAAUUCUUCGACUCGGAAUGCACCGUCAUGAGCAACCUGCCUGUUCCCAAGCAAAACGACGUCUACUACUGGGAGGCCAAGAUAUACGAAAAGCCAGAAAGCACUCUGCUGAGCAUCGGCAUGGCCACCAAGCCUUAUCCUCUCUUCCGACUACCUGGUUACCACAAGUACUCUGUUGGAUACCAAUCUACCGGUGCUCGUCGCUAUAACCAACCAUUUGGCGCCACUCCUUACGGCCCCCCAUUGGUACAGGGCGACGUUGUUGGCGUGGGUUACCGUCCCCGAACCGGUGCUAUCUUCUUCACGCGCAAUGGCAAGAAGCUCGAAGAGGUAGUCCACGGUCUCAAGGCACAGAACUUCUUCCCCGCCAUCGGUGCAAACGGCCCUGCUACUAUCCACGUCAACCUCGGACAGGCUGGUUUCGUCUUCAUCGAGGCCAACGUCAAGAAGUGGGGUCUCGCUCCUGUCACUGGAAGCCUGGCCCCUCCGCCCCCUUACGGAUCUGAGCAGGGUAGCAUUCUGUUAGAAGCCGGUACCAAGGACGGUUCUACUUAUCCCCAAGGCAGGCAGCACAGCCACUCCAUCACAGCAGGCUCAUACAACACACGCAAUCCAUCUAAUGACUUAGUUCCUCAGCAUGGACGAACACGCAGCGGCAACUUUCGCGUGCUACCCCCAACAAGCCCUGGACCGGUCAGGAGCUCGACUGACAUCUCUCUGGCUCACUUUGUACCCAAUGAGGAGAGCGGCGAAGCUAGCAGCAAUGCCGGACCUCAGCAGGAAACUCACAACCAUAACCCUCUACACUUGCACCUCGAAGACGCAACAAAUCCGCCACCCGAAUACCAAAGUCCUGACCAUUCCAGCAGUGAUGACGAUGAUGAUGAUCGAUACGGCAGUGAUAGCGAAGAAGACACGCCGCUGAUUCGGGUGAUGAAUCGAAGCCGAGGCAAUUCAUCUGCCACCGUGCUACCUUCUGAUCGAAGCUCGAGCCCCCGCAAUCCACCUGUGCCGAGUUACAGUGAUGCCGUGCGACAAGGUGCUGGACGUGAUCGCAGCGACAGUGCACGAUUGCCUCCACCAAACCGAACGGCGUCGAAUAGACCUCGAAGCAGUACGUCGGCUUGA